AUGUCCACUAAUUCAGAAUCGAUAGAAUGGUUAGAAAAAAACAUAAAAGAAGAACAUAUUAUUUUUUUUAAAUAUACUAAAUUUAAAAAUAGAAUAGAGAUAGGUAGCGGAGGAUUCAGUAAGGUUUAUAGCGCGAAGUGGGAAGAUGAUAAAUACUUUGCAUUAAAAUCAUUUAAUUUUGAUACUGUUAAAGAGAUUGUAGAAGAGUUUAAAUUACAUCGAAUAGUAGAUUUUCAUGACAAUAUAAUACGUCUUUAUGGGAUCACUAAAGAUUUAGGUUCAAUUAAAUUAGCAGAUUUUGGAUUAAGCAAACGUAUCGGAAACAGUAAUACUAAUAGAAGUAAAUCAAAGGUACAGGGUAUACUUCCAUACAUUGAUCCAAAAAGGUUUGAUCAUGUAUCAAAUGAGAAAUGUGACGUUUAUAGCGUUGGUGUAUUAUUGUGGGAAUUAUCUAGUGGAAAAAAACCUUUUGAUGGUUAUGAUAGUUUCAAAUUGUUUCUGGAACUUUCUAAUGGAAAAAGAGAAAAUAUUGUAGAUGGUACACCUGAAGAAUAUUCCAACCUUUACAUAAAUGUGGACGAAAGACCAACAAUUCAACGAGUUGUUGAAACUUUACAAUCAAUGAUUUCACCACCAUAUUCAAUAAUUCUUGAUUCAAAAGUAAAGACGGUUAAUCCUUCUACUGUUGAACCAUCACAACAAACCAUUUUAGAUACAAAUGAGAUUUCACGAUCAAAAUUAUCUCUCAUUCAUAAUUUGGACCAAUUGGAUAUCAACGAUUUCAAUGAUUAUUACUUAAUGGAAGGAAUUUUGCCAGAUACAACAAAUUUGAGUUCAAAAACGAGCCCGAACAAUGAUUUUAAUGAAACUUUGAUAAGUAGUUCCAAAAUAAAUAAUAUGAUUGUAGAAGAAUUGGUGGAGUUGUUUAUCAAAACGACGAAUGAAGGAAAAUCUCGAGAUCAACGACGUUCUAUCCUCGACGCUUACUUGACAAAUCAUAACAUCACCAUCAAAGAAAUUUAUGGAUGGCUAAUUAAAAAUAAUAGUAAAUUUUCAAAUUCAAAUUUUAUAUUUUUCGCAGGAUAUUUGAAUUUUUCAGGGAUUGGAACGACAUUAGACAUUAAUAAGGCAUCUAAUUAUUUUCACCAUUCAUCAGCGCAAAAUCAUUCUAUCGCUCAGUAUUAUUUAGGAAUUUUUUACGAAAAAGGUAUUGGGGUUAACAAAGAUGAAAAUAAAGGAUUUGGUUAUUAUGAUAAAAGUGCUAAACAAGGUCAAAGUAUAGCGGGUAAAUUUGCAUUAGGAAUGUGCUAUGAAAAGGGUGUUGGAAUUGAAAAGAAUAAAGAAAUGGCUUUUUAUUGGUAUCAACAAGCGGCAAAUGAAGGUCAUGCGAUUGCACGACAUAAUCUUGGGAACUUUUAUCGUUUGGGGAAUUUUGUUGAAAAAGAUCAUCGUGAGGCUUUUGGCUAUUACAAUUUAAGUGCUCAGAGUGGAUACAUUCUUGCCAUUAGUAUGUUAGGUCAUUGUUAUCUAGAAGGUAUCGGCACUUCUGUUAAUAAAAAGAUGGCAUUUGACCAUUAUUUAAAAGCCGCUAAUAUGGAAGACAAUAUUGCUCAGUAUAAUGUCGCUUUUUGUUUAGAAUCUGGUAUAGGUACGACAAAAGAUUUAAAAAAAGCUAUGGAAUGGUAUAAAAAAUCCGCCAAUAGUGGUUAUAAUAUCUCUAUAAAAAGGUUAGAAAACUUAAUUGUUAAACAGAAGUCAUGUUGUUAA